UCACCCAUUGUUAUUUGAACUCACUAAAAAGAAAAGGGGAUAAAUUAGAGGGGAGGAGUUGGAAAGAUAAGAUUGUUAGAAGGACGUCGUGAAUUACGGUCUUUAUAUCCAUUCGCACAGCCAUCUGUUCUUGUCCAAAAGAAGAAUGAAUUUAGUGAGAGGUUGCGGUCCCAGGAUGUGGUGGAGCACAAAUUCCACUUUGCUACCUAUUUCUAGCAGUAGGAUUUCCUGUCAUUGCUUCUCAUUCCCAUUUAACCCCGACCCACUUUCCUCUACUUCUCUACCUAGAGGGGUAUGUGCCAACAACACAAAUCCUGUUCUGAAUCCUCUAGUUUCUUUCGAUGAUGAUGAUGAGGAAGACCUGCUGGAUGAUGAUGAUGAUGGGUUUUUCGACGAGUAUUUUGAGGAAGAAGCUGAGCUUUAUGUUGGGGAUGGAUCAGGAGGAGGAGGAAUAUCUCUGGCUGGGACAUCAUGGGACAAGAAAGCAUUAGAACUUGUGGAAGAAGUUGCUCUAUCAUUUGACGGGGAACUAGGAAUUUAUGCCUUUAAAACAUUGAAAAAUGCCAACAUUCGAGUACGAGUAGAGAGACUUACAAAUAAGUCAGGUUCACCUAGUAUGAUGGAUAUUGAAGCUUUCUCAUCAAGAUAUAGAGAAAAGCUUGAUGAAGCUGAGGUGGCUGGAUCUAUUCCAAAUAACAUACAUUUCGAGGUAUCGUCUCCGGGUAUUGAAAGGGUUAUUCGUAUUCCCCAAGAUCUUGACCGUUUCAAGGACCGUCCUAUGUAUGUAAAAUAUGUUAGUGAUGAAGUGGCUGAGGGUGGAUCGUCAUCUGAAUAUGAUGGUGUUCUCAGGCUUGUCUCCUUCAAUCUGGAAACUUGUAUUUGGGGCUUAGCAGAUGUUAGGUUGAAUAGAGAAAGGGCAGGAAAAGGAAGACCUCUAAGCAAAAAGCAAAGAGAGUGGCGUUUGGAGACACCAUUUACGUCCUUGCGUUUAGUCCGUUUGUAUUCUGAAAUGUAGAAAAUUGUGGAAGUUCAUAUAUAUUUAGUCACAAAGGGUUCUGAGUUCUCCUUUACUCGAGAAAUUCAUUAGGGUACAAGAUAUGGAAGUUUGUAAGAAAUUGGAUUAUAACAUUUUCAAAAAUAUGUUUAGCAUAUUUAUACGUUUUGCUACUCAUAAUCUGAGUCAGCUAUUGCUUAAUAUCCAUUCUUGUUCAAAUC